AUGGCGACUGGGAACAAGGGGCCGAGCUGGGCUGACCAGUGGGGGAGUGGCGCUGACGCCGGCGACGACGACGGCGGCCGGCGACGGGGCGGGAUCACUAAGAGCGGCGGCGGCGGCGGCGGCGGCGAGAAGAUAGCGAAGGCGAAGGCUGCGGCCUCGGUGGGGCUCGACAAGGCCAAGACGGCGGCGGCUGUCGGCGCGCAGAAGGUCAAAGCCGGCACCACCCUCGGCAUCAAGUGGGUCAAGGCCCAGUACGCGAAGCGGACCUCCAAGUGA